AUGGGAGGAUUUGGUGAACCAUCUCUUUUAUAUGCUGUGGCCACAUUUCAUCAAGAAUACUCUGGCAACUUUUUCGGAUUCAAUGGAAUAGAAGCAUCUGUGCCUGUCACGUUCAUAAACGAAAGUAAAAGCUGGAUCGAUCCUGGACCAGCAUUUGAUAUACAAUCUCAAAGAAACGGAUAUGUAAACGUACAGAUCAUUCGCGGUGCAGGACCUCACGUCUAUGCUGAUUCUCCGACUUCUUUCAAUGAAGUUGUCCAGACGAUCGUUAAUGAGCAGGAAAAAUUUAGUCAGAGUUCGUAUGGACUCGGUGAUGUUGAGGGGCUUAUGGUCAUGGUAGGCCAGGAUGAUGGAGCGGUGCAAUACUCAAAAUCGAAAGCUUUUCAAAUAUGGUUGUUCAAUACGACGUUGGAUACGCUCAUAAUUUUUACUAGAAAAGGUAUUUAUGUCUUGACCAGCAACAGGAAGGCGGACUACUUCAACAGCGUCAAAUCUGAUGAAUUUGUCGGAGUAGUAGCUCCCGCAACCCCAAUCCACAGAGGCGAAAACUUCCCUUUUCCCAACACACUGCCUUUGGCUAUAGUGGAACUCAGGGUUUGCCUAGUACAGGUAGAAGCUUUAGUCAGGGAGGUACGAUGCGUUUGCGCAAGAGCCGAACGUCGCGAGUCUAUGGCACGCUUGGCUGUAAAUGUUGCAAAAAGGGGGUUCUCUAUUACACUGCGAAAUCAUCGUGUUAGAUUGUCGUCGCAGCAAUUAUUUGACUUGGAUGUCACAGAAUCUGUGGGAGAGGCACUUCUUCAAAGUCGUAAGGUGAAAAGACCAGAUCUGCGAAGACUGCAAAACGACGAUGAGCCUCCAGUGAAGAUGCAAGGACCAACCCUGCGAAGACUGCAGAGGGAUGAGCCUCCGAUACCCGAAGAGUCAUCCAGUGAAUUGUCUUAUUUGGAUAAAGAGGUACGGCUUUGA